UUUAUUUGAACAGUAAAUUAAUUGUGAACAUUUUAAGGACGGCUAAAAUCGAACCCUAUUUAUUUCAUAAAAAAUUGAGGAGUUAUACCAAAUUUAAAGUAUUAUCAACCAAUAUGUAUUCCAAUGUGGCGCACUAUUGUUCUGAAGUUCGCAUUGGUAAUUGGUUUGAAGAUAUAUGUCGCGAACGUGAGAAAUAUCAAAAUUUCAAAAGUGCUCGUGACACUGGUCAGCUUAUGGUUGAAAAAACUCGUCAGCUUUUUGACAAUUUUCUGGGACAUGUUGAAUUAGAAGCACCAAAGGACACAAUAAGUUAUGGAGCAACUAUACAAUUACAACCUUACUAUAUACCUGGUUUCAAUGAUAAAAAUGCAGUACCACCGGCGCUUUCUAUUAUUAUAAACGAACGUGUGGUACGUUCUAGUCCAACAAUAAACGAAUUCUGUGAAGUAACAAUAGCACCGUCCCCUAAGCCAUAUGUGCGUAACUCAUUUCGUAUUGUUCCAGCUGACAAUUUCACUACCAAUAGUGAUCUUUUGCAUUACGGUCAGAAGUUUCGAUUAGAAUGUAUUGGUAGCCAAGAGAAAUUAUACCUAUAUGCGACCCCAAAAGCUCAGGAUCUAUCGUUACAAGUGCAAACUAAUUACAAAUCUUACAAAAGGGGUGAACUUAAUAUGCCAAUUGGAAUAGGGCGAGCAAGGGAUUUUGGUGUAGGUAAGCUAAUACCCACUGUUUUCGCCGAUUGGCAUUGUCGUCAUAUUAUACCUAUAGAGAGAUUUGAAACAGACGGAUUGCCUAUUCCAAGUAAUAGUCCUUUGGUAAUCACUCAUACAACCACAAAUAAAAACUUGGCUGUAGAAAAUUGUGUUGUACAAACAUUAUUUGGACCAGAAUAUCUUGUCUCAGUACAAAACUACGCUGAUAAUUACAAACGUGAAAAUUGGCAAAAUGCAUGGAUGAUAACUAAUGGUUAUCGCUUUAGAGCAAAACAAUAAUCAAUGUUAUAUUAAUUAUUAUAUCAUUUAGCUUAGUAUAAAUUUAUUGUAUUAAUUAUAAAUUAAUUAUAUA